AUGGUACCGAUACCAGCAUCUGGCCAAACAUUCAAGGUCUGGCUCAGAAAAACGCAAGCACAAUUUCUCGUCUGCAUCCACGAAAGCCAAAAAGAGCUAAAGGGACCCUAUGGUGCCUUUGGUGGCUUCGCCACGUCCGUAUGCAUCGAGGUAGACCACAUUUUCUACUACUAUCAAUCCAGCAAUAGGGGCAAAGACAUGCUCUUCUCCGCCUUGGAUACUAUGAUUCCUGGCAACGGCAUCAAGGAUGACGUCUGCAAUUUUCUGAAUGACUUGAGUGACGACUCGGAAGACGAUCAUUCCAUGGAAGACGAAGUUGCUGGUUUCAAGCAUGGAAAAGUAACUCCCUUGCACGAUCAGGAAUCGGUACCAGAAAAGAGUGAUUCGUAA